CUAUGAUGUCAGCGGUAUAUGAGGGCUGAUAAGAGAGAGCCCUAGUUAGCCUUCACCUGUUUGCGUGCACAACCACUCCGAUUUGCGGAUUCGUGGUCAUGAUGCUGUUCUACGUGAGUUGCAGCUUGCUGCUGGCACUAUUGACUUUUUCCGGUGCCGCUCGUUCAGAAAUGGUGUUCCGUUGUGCGAGCUGCACAGCGGAGCGCCAAGCGGCUUGUCCAAUGCUUACGGAGACGUGCUCGGAGAUCGUGCGCGAGCCGGGCUGCGGCUGCUGUCCGGUGUGCGCCCGCCAAGAGGGCGAGCUGUGCGGCGUCUACACACCGAGAUGCUCCAGUGGUUUGAGAUGUUAUCCCAAGCCGGAUUCGGAUCUGCCGCUGGAGGUGCUGAUUCAAGGGCUCGGGAGAUGUGGACGUAAAGUGGACAAUGAACCCGCAGGAAGCGCCGAGCCACGGGAAGUCAGCGGUGAGGUGCAGGACCCUUUAGACAUUGGUCUGACUGAGAUUCCUCCCGUAAGGAAGCCCACCAAAGAUAGCCCAUGGAAGGAGAGUGCUGUUCUACAACACCACCAGCAGCUGAAGAGCAAGAUGAGGUACCACAAAGUGGAGGACCCUAAAGUGCUUCGUGCAAAAUUGAGUCAGUGUCAGCAGGAGCUGGACCAGGUGUUGGAAAGGAUCUCAAAAAUGCCCUUCAGUGAUAACAGGGGUCCUCUGGAAGACCUUUAUUCAAUCCAUAUACCCAACUGUGACAAGAAAGGCCAGUACAACUUGAAACAGUGUAAGAUGUCAGUGAAUGGACAUCGUGGUGAGUGCUGGUGCGUGAAUCCCCACACAGGAAGACCAAUUCCAACUUCUCCUUUGAUACGUGGCGACCCCAACUGCAACCAGUACUUCGAUGACCUAGAGAUGGAUCCCCCUGUGGAACCUCAAAACUAACAAAGCCUUGAGCCUUCACCUUUCUAGAUCUUCAACCCAACCAACCCUCACCCAUGACCUCUGAGGAGUCAGCGUUUUACACUCUUUAAGCACGUUAACCUUGUGUGUUCAUACUUUUUGAAGAUCAGCCAUACUUUGAAACUACACUUAAAAUAGCAUUGUUACACUUUAAGUACUGACAAGUUGGUGAGCUAGUGCCUUACCUUAGAUAAUUUAGAGGGUGUAAGUAAAUCGAACUGUAUAUCGUAGUCUUAAAAUUAUUUUGGCAAUUAUGUAGGCAAACAUAUGUUGUUAAUUUCAUUUGCUGAGAAUGCAUUUGGGAUAUUCAAAUGCAUACACAAAGGACUAGGACCAAUCAGAAACAGCAGGGUGUUUACACAAAUUCAUCUGAUGUACAAAUUGCAUGGAGCUACUGACAUCUGGUGGUUACAGUAAGAAACUGAAAAUAUAACUCAUGGACAGUGAAGAUUUGCUCAAUACAUGUAACAGCUAUGCACUAACUGUUAUAUUGUGAUUUACUUUGUGCACUUUUAUACACACUUCACGUUUCAGCUAUAAAUCAUUGUUACUUACCUAUGGACCAUGUUUUAAAUGUAUACUUACAAUAAACAAGUAUUAAGGUUUUGGAUUUAUUUGCAGUAAAAAAGUAA